UUCCGGAUCUCUAGUAAACAAAGCACGUCCGCCAAAUCUGCCGCAGAGAGACAGAAGUCACAUCAUGUCAGACGGGUCACCUAUGCCGACAAUGUAGUGUGUUUACCGUGGUUUACAAUGGGCGGACAGGUGUGCACUGUGUGUCAGUGUGUUACAGACAGGCUCGCGCAGGUGGACUAGUCAGACAGGUUUGGACUGGGAGCCUUUUGUUCACUUUUUUUGAAGGCGAUGUAGGAAAGUUAUCAUGAAGAUAGUCGCAGCUGUAGCGCUUAUACAUUUGUGUUUAUCUGCGACAGCGGCAGUUUCGGAUAAUGGCUCCACCGAAACGGCGCUGGAAGCCGCACCCGGCGACAUCGCUGUACUUCCGUGUUACACCGUCGGUAAUGUAACACCGACCUUAACGACAUGGAUGAAAAAUGGACGAGAAGUAAUUAGGGGUGGAGGUUCUUCGCCGAGCCCUUCUCCCGCCGCACAGCGUCUGAUGGUAAUGCAUGACGGGAGCCUGAACAUCGGUUGGGUGACACCUGGAGAUGAGGGCAGCUACCUGUGCAGCUCCACACUACCUGGCAACAAUACAUUCCAUGCACGUGUCCGGCUCCAAGUAACCAGUGGUCCAGAAAACGUGUCUGUGUCCAUCGGCCCAGCCCACACCCUGUCCAAUGGGACGCUCAUCGUCUAUCAAGGCUCGACCGUCUCCUUUAACUGCUCCGGCUCCUCCUACCCCUCUCAGCAGCUGACCUGGGCCUUCAGAGGAGCUUCGUCCAGCAACGACUCACUGGUCUCAGGUCCUGGAGCCUGGCUGGACUACAGGAUAGAAGACAUUCAACCCGGCGCUCAGGGAGUUUACAGCUGCAGGGCCCGCAACACCGUCUCUCAUCAGGCAGUCAACAAGAGCACGCAGCUGCUAGUGUACUAUGCCCCAGAGAGACACCCUGAGUGUAUGUGGUCACCAGCGCAGGACCUCUCCUACAUCCAGUUCAACUGCAGCUGGUUUGGAGCGUAUCCCACCCCGACGCUGAGCUGGGAGGAAGACCAGGGAGCCCACUGGCAAGGACGCGUUUAUGCAACGGAGGUGACGGACAGUCUGUCGGUGACACUGAACCGCUCCCAGCUGUCUGACGGGCAGACGCUGAGGUGCACGCCCCGGCACCAAGCGCUCGCUUCGGGAAAGGAGAAGUCGUGUUGUUUUACCCUCAAGCCUCCGUAUCCUGAAGGCGAGCCGAUGGUCACGGCUCUGGAGGCGACCAGCGUAACUCUAAUCUGCACUGAGGCUACGUCCACCCCCCCUGCAAACACCUCGUGGAGAAAGGGACUCAAGCAGGACAACAUCGUGCCCGGGUCAAAGUAUGUCCUGUCCGAGGAAGGCCCCGUCUACAAGCUGACCAUAAACAACAUCAGCAAGGACGACGAAGGCGUCUACUUCUGCCGCAGCGAGAACCCCCUCGCCGUCAGCGACCUGGAAGUCUACAUCACUGUGAAAGCUUCCUCUGAAUACACGGGAGCGAUCAUCGGCAUCUUUAUAGCAGCACUGAUCGUGGGAUCAGCCGUCAUCAUAGCUAAAACGGUUUACUCCAGCCGACACCGAAUUUGCCUGGGAAGUGGCUUCGGGCAAAUGGAGGAGGACAGAGGAGACGUGCUGAGUCUGGUGGAGUCAGACGACGAGCAGAUCUUUCAAGACGCCGUCCCGCGGCUGCCUCCGCUGGUCAACGGACGCCACACGACGCUUGUCCAGAUACAUCGAAUCCCAUCGAGUGAUCAUGAGGACGCAGAAACUGCUGACACAAGCCCGGAGCAGCAGGAAGACACUGUACAGACAGAGGAGCCGGUGGAACUUGUAACAUUUUAGGUAUUGGGUGUUUUUAGAAAAAUGUUUUAUUUUUUAGUUAAAUACUAUUUACUCCCAAUGAGAAUGUGAACAGAAUUGGUGGAAGACAAAUGUAAAAGAAAAAUCUCUUUUGAUUUGUUUUGUUUUUUUAAGCUUUUCUGCGAUUAACAUAUUUGUACAGUGUUUUGAAUAUGUUGUUCUGAUACUGACGUGAAUGCAGUAAAUGAAGUUGGUGAAUCCAAAGAAUAUGA